GAUCAGCCAUGCGCGUUCCUCCAGCCGUUACCAUGGUUACCGUUGCCUGCUCGUGAAGCUUGUUGACAUCCGAGCGAAGUUUAAGACAAUGGGGGCCUGAACUACACCAAAGCAAACCAUGGAUGAGGGCGUGCAGCUGGGGGAGAGCGGGCCCGUUAAAAACGUUGCGAAAUCUGGACGAAGAGCCCGUCUCGGAGCAGACCAGUCACUUGGAGAUGCCCGCAGCGCCAGAAAGCCCUCCACGUCCGCUUCUGCCGGAGAAGGUCCCCCUCCUAAGCCACCCAGGAGGCAGGGCGGCUGGGCAGAAGAAAGCUCCACGUCCGGUUCCGGCAAAUCUUCAAGAAGAGCCGCCGCGGACGACCUGGAAGACCGCCGGCUGCGACCACAGACUCCCCAAGGAUCCGAUGAUGAUGGAGAUAUUCCAGUCAUUCCAGAUUUGGAGGAAGUGCAAGAAGAAGAUCUCAACAUGCAAGUAGCCGCUCCACCAAGUGUUCAAGUCAAUCGGGUAAUGACCUACCGGGACCUGGACAAUGAUCUGAAAUAUUACUCUGCAUUCCAGACUCUUGAUGGAGAGAUCGACUUGAAGCUCCUCACAAAGGUUUUAGCACCAGAGCAGGAGGUGAAGGAGGAAGAUGUGCUUUGGGACUGGGAUCAUCUGUUUACAGAGGUGUCCUCAGAGCUGCUCAUGGAAUGGGAUCAAGGAGAGAGCGACGAGCAGGCUUCAUAGCCUACAACCUGAACACAAACGUCUGGACUGAACGGCUCCAGUGGGAACUGAGAAGCCAGUGACUUGAAUCACUGAAAAUAUUCACUUACAGUGUGAUAUCUACAAUUUAUAUUUCUUAACUAAAUCUGUGUGUGCAGUAGUAGCAUUUUCAUUUUUUUUUUGCUAAAUGAACACUUUCUGGGAUUUGCAUCCCUGAAGGUUUGUUUUGGGACUUUCACCACUGUAGUAACUUUUUUUUUUGAAGGCCUGUCCUGGCUAUAGCAUUCAUUAUCAACACCCUCAUACAAGUCCAAGGUUGAUAAUCAGCUAAGCUGAAAUCCAGUUGAUUGUGUUCAAAUUAACAUUCCUCAUUAAGGUCCACAACCCUAUUGUUAUUGACCGUGCCAUUGACUUUAUCUUGCAGCUCUUCGAUAGGAGCAACCCCUUCACUAUUAUCUCAAAUGCAUUGAACACAGUUCCUAUUGACACCGGGUGGAUUAGCAUACAUUACACCUUUAUAUUGGAUAAACAGGAAUACGUGGAAAUUGGCUCUUGUUCAAAUUGCUUUUUAAAGUUAAAAAAAAAAAAAGAUACGAUGAGGACAGCGCAGGUUCAAGGACGCCGUUUGCUACGACACGUUCAUGCUAAAUUUGUUUAAUUCACGAAAUGCUUGGCGUGGUGCGUGUUGAACACGAGCCAGUCGCGUCAAUCAGCAUUCAGUUUCGUCUUUGGUCGGUUCAUGUGUGUGAAUUUCAAUGGAGACCUCCAAUGUGCGUGCACGUCUAUUAGGGAAACAGUUGUAACAUUUACAGAUUGUGAUUAGGUUUAUGUCUGAGACGCAGAGCGCUCUCCUGACAUUUGAAGAUGCGCAGCCAAAGACCUCAAGGACACAAAGUCUAUGCAUCUAACAAGCUCAGUCACUGGCCAUCAAAACGAUGCCAUUUUAUUUAUUAUUUUUUCGCCCGCCCGUUAGUUGGGCUUCGAAUCUGCUCCAUCAAGUUUAAUUCUUCUGGAUGAAGCUAUCAUGCAGCUUAGUUGUGCUCUGAAUAUUUAUAUGCUGUGGAAUACUGGAGCUCCAGUGCAGCAAGUAUUUCCCUAUUAGACAUACAAACGCUCACUCUUGCCACCUCCGCAAUUGGCUCAUUUUGCCAGAUUUAAUGAAUUCUGCCCAUAUGUCCUGAGCAGCUGCUACGCUGCCCCUUCCUCCCGCCCCCGCCGAGCCGCGAAGUGCCCAUCCAUGUACAGACAACCUCUAGCUGUCUCUCUGGAGAAGGCUAAGCCUGCCACUCCUACGCUGGCAGCCGGCCGCCGCUGUCAGAGGUGAACCGCGGCCGCUGCGAGGGCUCAGAUUAAGGCCCGGUGGUCGCGGGUCGCGGCCCGCCUCCAAAAAAUGCCGCGAACAUUGGUGCAUCAGAGAGUGGAUUAUUGAGAGGGAGAGGAUGGGGGGGGGGGUGGUGAGUGGGGAAUGCGGAGAUGCUGUUUGCCAUGUGCUCUCAUCCAGGUUCUCAAAGUGACCUCUCUACUGCCUCAUCCUGAUGCUCUCCUUUAUUCUCCCCAUGUUGCUUAUUAUCUACAGUGUAUUGGGAUGCGGCGGCAGGUCUCGGAAUGACCUCCUCUUGUCUGGGUGCAGUGAAUUCAAUCACAUCAAAACAACAAUAUUUCUUGUGAGGCAGUUACGGCAGAAGCUUUCGGAUGAACACGGUGUCAGCGGUAGGUGAAGUCAGGCUGAGUCCGUGUUGGCUGUCAGGUGGUAGGAGACCCACCGCACAAAGGUUUAGGGUGCCAUUUGGGUUUUUUUUCUCAGUCAUAUCUCUAUUAUGAUAAUGGAGCUUUUACAGCCCAGAUGCCCCAAUAUAUUCCUUGACCCCCCCGCCCCCCAACCCCUGCCAAGAUCAGCGAUGACUAUUUCAAAUUUAGUAGAGUGACGAACUUCUUCUCUGAAGUCCAGUGUACAAUGUUGGAACGCUUAUGCCUGUUAUUAGUUCUGUUUUUUUUCUUAUCAACCCUGGUCAUUUUUAACAAUGAUAAGGUUACAUCCAUCCAUUUUCUGAGCUGCUUAUCCUCACGAGGGUGCUGGAGCCUAUCCCAGCUAUCUUCGGGCAGGACACGGGGUACACCCUGAACUGGUCGCCAGCCAAUCGCAGCCCACAUAAAAACAGUCAUUCGCACUCUCGGGCAAUUUAGUCAUCAAUUAAUCUACCAGUAGUCGCACUUAUAUCAACCUUGCUCUUGUCAAAUUGUAACCCAUUUUUACUUCACUCGUGUUUGGGAGAUUUUGUGAAGGGACUUGUGAACAGUUUGAAUUAGCAAUCAUUAACACGAAACAUUCAAGCUUUUGCCAGAAAGUGAAAAAAAAAAGGGAAAUCCUACCGGAACAGCUGAAAUGUACUUAAGGUUGAUCGGAGGUACUUAAAUUGGGGCGAGUGUGUGCUGAGCCCCAUUUAACAUUUCGAAUGUUACAUGGUAAAUUCUGAGACAGCCACAUCCCGGUUCAGAAGAGUGCAUGGUGACCGGCACAACCACAUGAUCUCAGUUGUCAAAGCAAUAUGAACAAAGUUUUUUGGGCACAGAAACCCCAAUGUAAAAUUCAUUUUUAUCUACUUUUAACGUAAUUUGAAAUGUAAAGUGAUCACAUUUUCAAUAGUUGCUACAAUUCGCUGUCUAAUAUUCACCAUCCGUGCCACCAGGCAGAACACUCAGCCAAUCGCAGUUACGCUUUUUUUUAGUCACCUGACAUCACGUCCUAAGAAAGCGUAACUGCGAUUGGCUGGCUGUUCGCUUCUGACCUGGUGCCACAGACUGUGAGUUUUAGACUGCGAAUUGCAGCCAGUUGAAUUAACAUUGAAAGAUUACACUGAAAUAUGACCAUUGAAAAUGUGAUCACUUUACAUUUCAAAUUCAAAUCCUGUUUUCUGUUGCAUUUCAAAUUCAAAUCUUGGUUGCACAUAUUUACUUCCAUAUAAAACCAUCUCAAAUUAGAGCAGGUUUCAUCCACAUACAGUAAUUUCUUACGUUUUGCUGAUGACGUCUCUUUUUUUCCCUUUGCUUUGUUUUUGGUUGGUACAUUGAUGGAACUGACAUGAACCCAAGAGCAACCUUGCACCAUACUAUUUGUUUUACUUCCUCUGAUUACUUCCCCCCUCCCCCUGCAUAUAUUUUGAUAUGGGGGGGGGGGUGUAACUGGAAGGCUAGAAUACUUAAUUGGCUUUAAUAUGCUGUGGUGUUGACAGACAUUGAUGUAUCCUAUCUGCUUUCAAUAUUUGGCUUCCACGAGGUCCAAAAGCAAUAUAGUGUUCUGUAAUUAAAGAAAAUGGGGAUAUUUAGCGAUUGUCCAGGCCCCUCAGGUACAGAGUGAGGGGUGAGGACAGACAUGCCAAGGCUUGUGCAAUAUUUGGACCAGUUGUAUUCUAUCAGGGGCCACGUGCUGGUCACAGGUCCCCUGUCAGUAACUGGUCCAGCACGACAUCACUCAGGUGCGCGGAACCAGCCAAAGCGCCAGUCUGUCAUGAAGUCAUGAUUAGUGGUCUAAAAAAGACAAGAAUGCAAGUGGAAGGAUGCCAACCCUUUGCACAAUCUGUAGAAGUCAUACAUGGAUUAUGUGGAAUAAUAUUGAUCAAGGGCCACCUGUAAUUGAUAGUGGUAUUUAUUGUCUCCACGCAACCAAGAAAAAGGCGUUUAAAAAAAAUCAUCAAAAGAUUUAUCUUUAUUUUGUCUUGAUGUUACAUCAAUACCUGCGCAAGAAAGGUACAAAAAAAUCUUUAUAAUACACAUUUGUACCUUUAUACCAUAGAGCGAGAGCGAGAGCGAGAGAGAGAGAGAGAGAGAGAGAGAGAGAGAGAGAGAACAGCUCUCAGUACAGUGCUGCGUUGGCAGUUCUACAGCAAUACAAAAUUCACCGCAAAACUGUGCAAUCAAAUACUUUAAUGACAGUGUCAAUCAAAACUGACAAUCUGCUACAUCACGUGACCUCGUCCGGAAAACAAUUUCGCGGACUUCCCGUGUAUACUGCGUUCACAAGAGAUUAAAAGUGUAAUCUCUUUUUUUUUUUCUUACCCUGCGUGCCAAGUGCAACAAUGAGCUAGUAGGGUCAAAGUCAUCAGCGCUGAUGCCACACUGACAAGAAAAACUAAAGAACACAGAUGACACCGCAUUGCGUACAAUUACGACAAAUUCACUGGAAAAUGAAAAAUGUCCUGUAUUGAGAGCAGACGAUUUGGCAUUGAAAAACGUCAACUUCAAGAAAAGCGGUUGAGAAAUGAGCAAGGUAAAACUUAAUUUUUAUGUGUAUGCAUUACCUUUGAUGGGAACGUCGCCCCUGCCAACAUGGCCACCUCGUAGGCGUCAAUCAAUGCUGGCUCGCUCCAGUGCGGAGGUGCAGGGGAGGAGAAACGCCGGAGGCUCCAUCUGCUGAGGGCUCACCACAGACUCUACAGCCUGCCCGGGGAGAAGAGUUGAGUCCUCUGCCACGGGGGUCUCGCAGUGGUGCACUACCAAGUGGCACAUCACACGUCAUAGACCAGCUGGCUUGACCCUCUCCGAUACUGUGGUUACCGAUCUGCCCUGGGGCCAGCCUACCUGAGUCAGAUUCCUGGGAUUGCUGUUUUUCCAGAUAACUGGAAACGGGUGAGCAGGCUGGGAAAGGCCACUCAGAAGCGAGGUUGGGCUGCGGGCCUGGAGAAUUCGGCUGAGGUGUGCUACUGUUACCGCCCAAGACCUUGCCGGCCAUGACCGCAACGGGAAAUUUGGAGCAACGUCCUGAUGCCCAUUUGACACGAUUGAAACAGUUGUAAUUUGUGAGUGCUGUGUUUGUAGAAACAAAAGUUAAAGUUGUGCCACAGCCCCGUGGGAGUAAGGGGGAAGGGGGCAGCAUCGUUGAGAGUGAACUGUACGAGAUGAAAAGGGUCAUUGCCACAGUUCCCAGGGCAAAAAGGUGCCCACUCUCCAGAAGUGUCAGCAAUAUCGAGCUCAAUUGAACGCGAGAGGUCAGAGUGACUUUACAUCGAGAUCUUGCUUUCAGUCAGCACAGUCAAGCGCGUUGUUGUGGUUUGCCACAUUCCACUGGAGCAUUGUUUUUUUAAAAGAAAAGACAACACAAAACCUGGUCCUCCCAAGGCCACAUAUUAUUAGUUGGUACUAAGAAAAGAUUUAAGUAUCUGACCUCAACCAUACAGAAUCUUUCAGUUGCAGGAAAAACAAUCUUUAAUAUAACAGCUUUGGUGUGACAUUAGGGCAGUAACUAACAAUUAUUUAAAUAAUCGAUUGAUCUGCUGAUUUUUUUUUUUUUUGGAUUGAUGAAUCAGAUUAAAAACACUUGAUAAUCACCAUCCCUUUAUUAAAAAACAGGACAGAAAAUGGACAACCAUAAAUUGAUUAGGAUUCAGUUAUUGUUUUUGGUUCAGUUUGGUUUUGCUAUUUGUUUUGGUAACGUUUCAUCAAAUAAGCAAAAACAUUGAUAAUUGUUUGCUUCAGUAAAAAAAAAAAAAAGUUUGCAAAUAUCUGAACAAACAUAAAGAUAAUCAGACAGCUUUAUCUUUACACUAAAUUUACCGUAAUUUCCGGCCUAUAAACCACAAAUUUUUUCACACGCUUUCAUUCCUGCAGUUUAGGGUUAGGGUGAUGCGGCUAAUUUGUGUAUUUUUUUCUAACGGCCGGAAGGGGGCACUUGAGCGGAAAAGGUAAGAGUGAGACCGGUGGAAUAUAUGUGUCGAGGAAGUGACUUUUACCUGUCUGGCCCUGUUAGCGCUGCGCUAGUGUGUUACUGCCGUGUCUCAAUGAUUUUUACCGGUAUGUUUUUUUUUUAACCGGCCCUGUUAGCGCAGCGGCGCUACAGUUAAUCUCUGUGUACCGUUUUUUUUUUGCAAAUAUGUCGUGUUUCAAUGUACGUUUCAAUGUGGGCACUUGCGGCUUUUACACGGCUGCGGCCUAUGUAUGUACCAAAUGGUAUUUCCUUUACGAAUGUACUCGGUGAGGCUUAUAACCAGGUGCGCUCUGUAGGCCGGGAAAUACGGUUAUUUGUUAGAUUUACUGUUCAUAGGGUGAAAUUCUGAUUGUUAAACGAGGUCUCUGAACAAUUAAUCAGUUAUCAAAAAUCAUCAUCUUUUAUCCAAUUUGUUUUUGAUUAAUCGAUGAAUUGUUGCAAAUCAAUUAGAAACCACACAAUAUUUUCGAGAAACUGGAAUAUGCUGCCUGCAAACACAUCGAACUGUUUUCUCUUUUGUGUUCGAAUAUUGACACAUUACACUACUUGUCAAUUGUCACUGUCAAAACAGAACAAAUCAGUCAUCAGAUGGUUUGUUGUCAUGUCUCAGAAUCAUCCAGAAAAAAAAGCAUUCUUGACUUCAUCUGUUUUUUGAUUGCAUUCAAAAAAAGUUAAUAAAACCACAAGCAAAAGUUUGA